GGCCCUGUUAUUGAGUUUGUUAUGACAAGCCGAGGCCUCGGACUAAAUUAGAAGCAAAGCCCACGACUCAGUCCAGGCGAAUCCGCGAUGGAGGGCAUGGACCUGGACAUAGACCUGGACCAGGAGCUCAUGCAGAAAUUCAGCUGCAUGGGUACAACAGAUAAAGAUAUCCUUAUAUCGGAAUUUCAGAGGCUCCUCGGGUUUCAGCUAAACCCCGCCGGUUGCGCCUUCUUUCUGGACAUGACAAACUGGAAUUUACAAGCAGCCAUCGGGGCCUACUAUGACUUCGAGAGUCCUAACAUCAGUGCGCCGUGCAUGUCGUUUGUGCGGGACGUGACGAUUGGUGAGGGCGAAUCGGUUCCGCCGGACACACCUUUCACAAAGACCUGGAGGAUACAGAAUACAGGUGCAGAGUCGUGGCCUCCCGGGGUUUGUCUGAAGUAUGUCGGGGGAGAUCAGUUUGGUCAUGUAAAUAUGGUGAUGGUGCGAUCUCUAGACCCUCAGGAGAUGACUGAUGUUAGUGUGCAGAUGCACAGCCCCGUGUCUCCUGGCAUGUACCAGGGCCAGUGGAGAAUGUGCACAGCUACUGGACUUUACUAUGGAGACGUCAUUUGGGUGAUCCUGAGCGUGGAGGUCGGAGGCCUCCUUGGUGUCACACAGCAGCUGUCCUCUUUCCAAGCGGAGUUCAACACUCAGCCUCAUCGCAUCGUGGAAGGAGACUACAACCCCUUCGCCUCACCAGAGAAGAGCAAGUGCCCCAACAGCAACAGCCUCCACGAUGCCAGCGGUCAUCGGGUCGCAGAGGAACAUUGGCAGGCAAGGCCCAACGAGCUGCAGCAAGAUCAGAAUGGACUUUCACACAACUCUGUGGAUAUAGUAGCAAACCGCCUACAAAGCAAUCUAUCAGUAGUCUCUUAUAACCAGGGUAUACAGGAGCCCUCUCCUUUCGGGAACUCUUAAAUCAUGGGACUUGUCACAGUGCAGCAGCACCAAACCGUACCUCUGGAGACUUUCACACCAAUAAACGAGAGGCUUUAUCAGUAGCUGGCAGGGAGUGUGGUAAUUCAAAAACACUUUAUGCAAAGUCCGGCUACACUUUGAGAAACCAGAGGCCAAUGUUCCUGACGUGCAGCUCCAACAACAUCCCACAGCCCACUGUAUGCACGUGUGAAUGCUAAGUUAAAAAAUGAGUGUUUCGAGUCUCCUGAGUGAAAUCUUUUCUUUUUCUUUCCAGUUUUUUUUUUUUUUUUUUUUUGUUAGCUGUCAGAGUGCAAAUGAAAUGAUGACAGGAGAGUGUAUUUGUGAAACUGUGUGUAUAUGUGUGUGCAUUGGAGAAAAGCCAUUUAUUUUGCCAACUGAUUCUCCAGUUUCUGCUCUGACUCUCGGUAUAUUGCUUUGUUUCCCUCUGACUAAAUUUAGCAGUAUGAGCGUCUCUGAAACAGAUCAGUGGACAUCAUUAUUUACUUUCAAUCUCUAUUUUUUAAAUACACAUUUUAUACGGAAGAGAACAGUGAUGUCUCUCAGAAUUAUAUCUGACACUCAUUAAAAAGCCAGUUUUUCAACAUGG